CAUAGAUUGUGGCAUCAUGAGUCUCCAAGUCUCCAAGUCUUGCACGAAGAAUAUGCACAUUCAUCUAAGAGAAAUCAGGAAGGUCCAUUGUCCUGUGAGACAGUGAGCCAUCACAGUGAUAAUCAUUUGGAACAGGAUACAGGCGGCGCUACUCGAGGUGGAGGCGGUACUAGCUGAUGAAGAUGACGACGAGAUGGCAUCCGAGGAAGUUGCAGUUGAUGGCGGAGAAGAUCUUGUUGGCGGAGGCAGUUGUGUCAUCAGUGGAGCCAUGGCGGCAUCCUCAUGUCAGGUCUGUGGCAAAGUGUUCCAGGGCACCAAACGCAAGUACCGCUUGGAACGCCACAUGGCCAUCCAUACUGGCGAGAAGCCAUACUCUUGCCCAAUGUGCGACUAUCGUGCCAACCAAAAAGAACACCUGAGUCGUCAUAUAAGGAACCUACAUAGGCUUCAAACAUCCCAGGUUCACAGCAGUGCCCACCAUGCCCAUGCUGCAGCCACUUGAUCAUAUAUCGCUGUUAAUAAGGUGUGACCUUUAUAUUUACUUGUAAUGACCUCUUGUUUAUUUGCAUCCAAGAAAUAUGACCAAGUGCAUAAAUUGUUUUCAUUUAUUGAAGCUCGUAUGCUUGCCAGUUUACUUUAUUAAUAUGCAGCCAGAGAGGAAUACAUCUGUAGUUUAUGCAAUAAGGCAGUAGUUGUGGAGCCAUCACUUAAGAUGAUGUAGGGCUCCUCGUAGCGUGGACAAAAGCUAAAGAAGCGAGUCUAUAGGUAGUGGCUUCUCCA